UAGACCCACGCUUUCCCCCACAAAUGAAGCGGCUUUCUUAAACUCGAGGGAAGAGAAGCGCCGCUGCCGCCGCGGGGGGAGAUGGCCCCCGCCGCAGCCGCCGCGCCGGCGCCGGCCGCCACCGCCUGCUCCUCGUCGGCGAGCUCCGCGCGCCCGCCCUCCACCGCCUCCUCCUCCUCCCAGUCGUCGCCCAGGCGCGCGGUCCCGGCGCUCCUCCUCUUCACCUCCCUCGCCGCCCUCCUCAUCCUCUCCUCCGGCGAGGCCCACGACGCCGACGCCGACGCCGCGUCCGGCCGCCCCCUCAAAGAUGUCAGCUUGGAAAAUCCGGAGGUGACUUUUGCUCCCUCAUCCAUGGGUGGAAUCUUUUGUGAGCGAAUCCGCAUUUCUGGAAUGCCAAGGUGGCAGUUUCAAAGCUACGCAAAUCAAAUACAUGUUAGAAUGAAUGUUUCUCAUUCAAUGCCAGAAAAGUUCCAUUGGAAAAUACAGAUUUGCUUUCAUGGGAAUGCUUCUACGGGUCUGUGCCAAUGUGAGAUGGGUGAAUGGCAAGUUCUGCAAGGUGGCAUGUGGAACGCAGUGAAGUCUCCAUAUGUCAGCAGAUAUGUUGAUGUGAAACUGACUGAUAAGAAAUCUACUGUCUUCAGCCUUUCCAUUCAGGAAGAGCUUCAGAAGUGGCGUUUAGCUUGCCUUGGUAUUGGAUUUGUCCUGUUAUUCCUGUCACCCAUCGUUAGUAAAUGGGCACCUUUUUACUAUAGCAGCUCUAUGGCACUUGGAAUCCUGCUUGUGGUGCUGAUUGUCCUUUUCCAGGGGAUGAAACUGCUACCAAUGGGCAAAAAAGGUUUAUUUUACCUUACAAUUUAUGGAUCUGUGUUGGGUGUUGGCUCCUACGCUGCACACUACUUCUCCUCAAUGGUUGCCUCUAUUCUGGAAAACUUUGGCUUGAGUGAGGAGAUGCACAACCCUGUGUCAAUCUUUCUGCUGGUAGCAGUUGUCUUGACUGGAGCUGGUUUUGGCUAUUGGAUGGUGAGGAGAUUUAUCAUUUCAAAAGAUGGCAGUGUUGAUGCCGGGAUAGCACAGUUUGUGAAGUGGGCUAUGCGUGUUGUUUCAAUGUUCUUUGUUAUGCAGAGCACACUGGACCCUAUUCUAGCAUCGGCUGCUCUAGCUGCUAGCUGGUGGAUUUGCUCUGUACUGACAGCAAAGAAAGUUCACAAGCCAACAGCACCGAAGCGAAAACAAUCAAAUGUUCCUUCUCAUCCAAGGUUUACUCAAGUAUCACCCAACACUCGCCAGGUCCAGUUCUUAAGUCCAUCAUCAGGGGCGGGUACUGGAAGAGCCACAACAACACAGUAUGGUUGGAACAAUUUAGCCAAUGGAGGUCUGGUCCCGUCAGCACUAGGAAAGAGGGUAGCACCCAAUCAAGAUGAAGACUACUACUCCACCUUCCACAACAUCGAACCACGGAGAUACUCAAAGAGAGAAUGGGAGGAGUUCACCGAGGAAUCGACCAGAAACGCACUGAUGGAACACACAGCCACCCCAGAGUUCGCCCAAUGGGCUGCUGACAAUGCUCACCGGUUGCGGGUGGAGCGGGACGACGCCUCCGAGGACGAGUCGAUCGAGAGCUCCUCAAGCUCUUCCGAAGAAGCCGAGAAAAGCGGAAAAGCUUCCGGUCUGUUGAGCAGGUUUAUGUGAUACCCUCACCGACUAAAACCGUAGGGAGCUCGGCGUGCUGCUUUUGCGGACGAUUCCAUAAGGUAGGAUUGGAAACUUGGUAGCGGUAGGGGGUGGAAGUUCAUCGUUUCCACAUGGUUCGCCAUUGCAGCAGAAUGCUUGGUGACUGUAGGCUAGUAGCUGGUUAACCACCAUCAUCCGUCUCAAUUCAACUAAUGUUAGGUUUAGCUGGCAGAUUGCCAUCCAUGGAUCUUUAGAUUUUAGUCGAUGCAUCAGGGGAUGUCGACCGGCGUCGGUUCCGCGCCAUUCGAUGGAUUAGGGACAGUCGAUCCUGUUGGGAUCUUGCCAUUGUCUUGUUGAACAUCUCCUGUUCCAUUCUCAGGUGUGGCAUUUCAAGGAUCUUUAUCUCUUGUUA